UACAUGGAUCCUGACAAAGGAUCUUUUUUUGUUGACAAAACAAGAUUCAAAUGAGAAGCCAGUGUGACCUGAGUCUGAAAAGCUUCUCAGAGAAAUUGGGGCUUAAAUUGAGAACUGAAGGACAAGCUGACUCUAGACAGGAGAGGCAGAGGGCUGCACCCUUAUCCCGUGCGGCAAACUUCACAGACGGGCAGAUCGUUCCAGAGGAAUGUGUUCCGGGCCAAGCCAAGCCUAGCACCUUGCAGCCUCUCAUGGAGACUGCAGGAGAAGGCAGCAACCCCGGAGGCGGGGUGACGCCCCGGCCCCUCCAGAAGCAGGAGCAGCGGGUGGCCCGCAGACGCCUGUCCCAGGCCCGCCACCGAGCAACCCUGGCGGGGCUCUUCGGCAGCCUCAGGAAGGCUGUCUACUCCCACUCUGAUCUCACAGCCUCAAAGUGGCAAGUUUUGAAUAAGGCGAAGAAUCAUAUUCAGGAACUGGAACAAACUUUGGAUGAGCUACUGAAGCUGAAAGAAUCUUUCAACCUGGAGGAUGGGAAUGCAAACAGCUUAGAGGAGGCCAAGAAAGCAUAUGCCAGCAUGUACUCCAGAAACCCCAGUCUGGUGUCAAAUAAAGUUCACUGGAAAGUCUCGGACACUUGGUGCUCCAUCGAGGCAGCUGGGAACGAUGUUGAGGAGGAAGAAGAGGAAGAAGAGGAGGAGGAGGAAGACCAAGAAGAGGAGGAAGAGUAUGAGGAGGUGGAGGAGGAAGAGGAGAAAAAAGUGGAGCUCUUAAACUCCUCCGUCACCUUGCUGCCAGAUCUCUUGGAAUUUGAACGGUACCUCAACUUUUACAAGCAGAUGAUGGACUUUCUGACCAGGAACAAGAUCAUCUCCUCCAAGGAGGUGACGCUCCCCAUCGUGUCUGCGGCCAUCUCCUAUCUGUGGCAGAUCCUCUCGGAGGAGAUGAAGACCAUCCUCUUGCGGGCCUGGGAGCAGACACAGAGCGGCCUCGUGGGGUCCUAUCCCGAGCCAGCCUGCGCCGAGGGCAGCAUGAAGGACAGCGGGGUUGACAGCCAGGGUGCCAGCUGCUCGCUCGUCUCCACCCCCGAGGAGAUCCUUUUUGAAGAUGCCUUUGAUGUGGCAAGUUUCCUGGACAAAAGUGAAGCUCCAGGCACAUCUAUCCCCAGUUCCAUGUUGGCCGUCUGCAACCCAAAAAGUCCUGAGGAGAUGUUUCAGCUCUACGUGCAGAUCAUCGAUUUUUUCAAAGGCCUUUGCUGUGUUAACACUCAGUUCAAGCAGGAACCAGACCUUCCCAUCGAUGACGAGAUGAUAAUGUUGAGGUGCACGGAGACGUUUGACGAUGAAGAUCUGUGAUGCAGGAGGGUUGGAAGCCAGAGGGGAUGGAGGAAGGUGGUGGUCUCUGGUUUGGAGUUCUGGCAGCCCAAGUUGCCCUUGACUUGGCGUUUUGGAGUGGGCUGUCCUGAAAGCAUUUUGAUGGUUGUAGUUUCUGGUUGUUAUAAAGUAUUCAAGAACAGUG